CAGUUUUAAACAAGUACAUACAUACAUACACCGAUACUUUUCUAUUCCAGUCUGCAUUCUGCAUCGCUGCUCCCGACUGGAUUUUCAUUCAUCUCCAAAAUAUUUUUACAUACGAAAUGUUGGACGAGGAUUCUGUAAAGGAAGGAAAAGUUUGCGAACCCAAGGUUUGGGAUGGAUUCGACUGGGACUGGUUCCGCUCCGUCCCCACGUGGCACCUUCCAUUCUGGAGUAAACUGGACUUGUACCGGACAGCCGCGGCUUUAAAGGAGCGCCCCAUCAGCGCCAUCAAGGAGUCGGAGGUUCUCAACGCGAAUGUAAUUUGGGAUGCGAAAACUUCCAAACUUUCCGGCUUUGGACUUCCCGAAAUUGACAAUCCGCUUGACUUCGAUGAGGAAAAAAGACUCAUUUUUGGCGAAGACCGCCACUCCUACAUGUUUUCGGACAAUAAAAGCUACAUUUUCGGCGUGACUGCUUGGACGGAUGGCCAGCAAUCGUGGGGAUUAUGGACCACAGGCCCACUUACCCCCGAAAUCCGAGAGAAAGCUUUGGGACACGCAAAACAAUUAGGUUUCAACCAAAAUUUCGCUAUUGAAUCAUCAAAUGCAAACUUUGUGAAGCUUUUAAUUGAUACAAUUUUUCGUUUCCAAUUUGUUUCAUACUUUUCACCAAUUUCAUGUUUUCAAAACAAUAAAAUAAAAUAAAAUACA